UCUGCUGUUGAGCUGGAAGUUGAAGAGUGGUGCUGUGUAAAAUCAACUACAAUAAAUGGUACUGCAGGAUAUCCACUAACUUUGCAGUGUCCUUAUCCUCGACAAUAUCGGCAUAACAGCAAGUUCCUCUGUAAGGGAGACCACCGCAACAAUUGCACAAAGAUGGCGGUGAGUCAAAGGAGGUUCACACUGCAAGAUAAUGCUACUUCCAGUUCUUUCAUGAUGAAGAUCACAGCACUGGAAGCAGAUGAUGCUGGGACAUACUGGUGUGGAACAGACUCACAGUGGGGAGUUGGAAACUACACCAAGAUUGAGCUGUCAGUCUUUCUGCAGCACACCAGCACUGUAACUCCAGGCACCACAGUGGGAACAAGAAUCCCAGAUGCAGCACUCUAUGUGGUUUACACAGUACCCGUUGCGCUGCUGCUAAUGUGUGUUCUAGUAAUUGUCUAUAAGUACAGAUGUCUCAAAGCUGGGGACACCACGAGCAAACAUACACCCAAGACAAAGAGCUCAAAGGAAGUGAUGGGUGCAACAGGAAGCAGAAUUUAUGAAAAUCAAGAAAGUGUCUUGACCUACAAAAAGCAACGCACCUGUAGCCACCAUGAAGAUCCAGGUAGAGAUGAAGAGGUCUACACAAACAUGCCCACAACAGAAGAAAUCCACUUUUGCAAGAGCAGCAGAGUGAAGGCAGCCAAUGCCAAAGGAGUCGGUGAACUGAACUUUAGACUCCAGUUGAGUUGUCUGAGAGGAGAAUUUGGAAGAAGCUCCUUGAUCUCACAGACAGUCUAUCCUAUCCAUGCAUAG